UUUUGUACUUUUCUUUGACUCUCCGAGAACGCCAAAUUCCUUCCCUUUUCUCGUUGGAUGAGGGGAAGAUCAGUCACAAUGUAUCAAUGAUGGAAAACACACAAUCUCUCAUUUCUUCUGAUACUCUACGGUCCUUACCUUUCUGCGAUGGCUUUUCCUCAAGCAACUCAAACCGGCGUUCGGAAGAUCCUUAAUUACUCAGCCAUAAAGCCUCUCACUAUCCCAGCCGUGAACGCGUUUGCUGCAAAGUACACGAAGGAAUACUGUUAUGUGGCAACUACUCCCCCACAAAUCGAAUAUCCUACCGACGCUCUGUUUCCUAUGUUUGUCAAACGCUGGCAAGAGCGACAAGAGCCAUUCUGGUGGGCUGUCAUAGCAAGAAAGGACAUUGAGAACCAUCGGUCAGUGCGCAGCUGGGUAGCUCGUAGACUCAGACAUGCUUUCAUGGAAUCAUUGAGGAAGAAGGGUUAUAAGCCGGAUGGAAAUCGAAUCGAUGGCUAUGGCGAGCCGCUGAUUGGGACUGCACAACUCUUGCCUCACGAAUCGAUCAUAAGGAAGGAAUAUACGGAUUUGGUGUACCAAACGGACUUGACUGUGGAGGCAAUUCUCAAACGUCGAUACCAAUAUAAGCCCUCCAGGAUGGUUUUGGGGCAGGAAGCUCAGGAAGAAAGGAGACCAUUGUACUGGAAAAAGAAACCCACGAAAGCACCAGAAGGUCCAGAGGCUCCGUACCGGCAUCCCACAUCAAGGAGCCUUAAAUUAUGAUCCUCACUCUGUCAAAAAUAAACUGCAAUGUCUAUAAUGGUGCCUUCAUGCUCAGACCUUGAAAUCUGUCUCGUUUAUCUAGGCUUUGCCUGUCGCACCAGUUUGCCCAGCCUUGUUCCUCCACCAAUCAGAUCGCUUCGCAGUUCAAGCUUUAAAGUCGCGUUCGCAAGCUCGAAAUUGUCGCAACGUAUCUCUCUACCUCAAAAAAGUCUACAACUCACAUCUCCAAGAUGCUGAUCUCAUUGACAGUCGGCAAAGUUGAUGCAGGUGUCGCG